AUGGCUGCUUGGCUUGAUCUCGUCAGCGAGAAUGAAGUAUGGAAUUUAGUGGAUACCAACCGGUUGAAAGAACUUGUGCAGGAAUUGCCCUAUCCAAAAUGUCAAUAUCCGUCCCUGCUCUACUUUACAGGAAAUUCAAACCGCAUGAAAGCUUUGCGAGCUCUGUUCCCCUACAACAACAUCACACGCAAAGGCCCCUCUGGCUUGAUUCGUCUUCAUCUCAGCACCAAUACCGCUCAUACACAGAGCCCUGUAUUGUUUGCUGAAAGCAGUUUAAACCUGGAACACAACAUGGGCGACUCGAAAUGGCUCAAGCAUUCAACUACAAAGCAUCGAAGCUUCUCUAUAACGGGCACAGAAGGGCUGUUGCCCCCUGCAAGGCUACAACAAGAAGUGAAGAGGGAACUUGUUUUACCAUGGACCCAGGUCCUGUGUUUGUUCCUCGAUUCCGCCGCUGACAUUCAGGCCGCAAGAAACUUACUCCAACAACCACGUCGACAGCUGACUAUUGGCGACGAGGGUAUUUCGGCUCCCACGCAGAUAGUCAUUGUCUUGACCAACGGCAAGCAUACAACAAAAGCCUUCACACAAGAAUACGCACAGCUUCAAGAGAUGAUCAAGACCGGGACAGUCACGAUUCUCGAUCUCAGUCCACGUAGCGGGCUUUCAGACAGCGUCGCUUUUGCGCCACUGGAAAGCUUGAUCCUCAAGCAACUCGGUAUAGUCCAGGCCGAGCAACUAUCAGCUUGUCGGCGGUUCUCAGCAGUUCACCUCAGUGCUUUCUGGAAUACUCAUGUACAAAUUCACCAAAGGCUGCUCGAUGCACCGCCAUUUGAUCUAUUGGAAAGGGCCCGAAGGGGCUAUACGAAAAAUGACACGAUGGGCGAUUGUCUUCGAGAGGUCAGCCAGCAUAGAAAAUCCGUUAGCUGCUCAAGGGAGGACUUUGAUGAUCUUGUAGCUACGGCUUUCUUGAUGGAUGCCUACCCCCUGGAAUGCAUGCUGAAUUUCUCAGGUUUCUCGCCCACCUUGGUGUUCGCCGCGCUUUAUGAGAAAUUAUGUCUCGGCAUCUGGGACGAAAGGUUCCAGAGCCAUAUUGCUGGCGUUUCAUUCCGCUUCGUGCAACAUUUCUGGCAGUUGAGUGCUGUGAGGACUUCAGCAGCCAUUCGAAAGGAGACGUUGCAUCGCUUGUAUCGCCGGUGGGGUGGUCUUCGUUCCACCACUACUUGCUUGGUCUGUCUGUGUCGACCCCCGGAGCAUAUGCUCCCCUGCAAACAUGCAAUAUGUGACACCUGCAUCGUGAUCUUCGGAAAUCCAAGUUCGCUUGGGGAGUAUCAUUUCGAGGUCGCUCAAUGCCCUAUCUGCGACGAGAGGUCCAACGUCACUGUCCGCCAACUACCUCCAACUAAGCAUCCGGUGAUUCUCAGUUUAGAUGGCGGUGGAGUGCGCGGUCUGAUUCAACUAGGCCUUCUACAAGCUUUAGAAAGGCGCAUUGGUGUUCCGAUCGCAUCUCUACCAGAUCUGUGCACUGGAACUAGUGUAGGUACGUACGACCACUGGCCGAGUGAUUAUGGUUGA